AUUUGAUAAUACAGAUAAUGAUAUACAAAGUAGAAUAAAUGAUAAAUGGAAAGUUAUAAACUCUGUAGAUAGACCAAUCGAUAUCAAUGCAAAAACCAAAGAAGUUCAGAAUUUCUGUGUAUGUGAACUGUAUGAAUACACUUUUAAAAUACCAAUGUACACGGCCCAUGAUGGGUCACAAGAACCUAGAAAAGAUCCAGGAAUGCCAUUUUGCUUACCUGGAAAACCAACAUCAGAUGGGAUCCUUUCAUUUGGCUGCGAUAAACAAAAAGGUGGAUUCAGUCCAAAUAUCGCAUGGAUAGUAACGGUAACUGUGGAUCCUUUAGCCUUACAAGAAAAAAUUGAUAACACACUCUUGGCUAACGUGACCACAAACAAAGAUGAACCUAUCGAUCUAGAAGAUGCAUUAUUAACUGGUGGUGCUGCAUUACAACAACUUAUCAAUGCUAUAAAAGCAAAUAACCCUAUUCCUUCUCAACCUAAUGAAUCUGUUCCAACACCCACAUCAACUGAAAUAAUAAUUUAA